AUGCGCGAGAGCAUUGGAACUGGGACGUUUACCAGACUUGCCCUCCAAUUGUUCCUCGUUAAGAGAGCCCUGUAUCAGUAUUUCUCGUCCGACUCGCUGGACAAGGAGAAGUGCAUCUCCGAGGUCCUGCACUUUGCUCCGGCCUGCCCAUCAUCCUUGUUGGCUGCGGCGGUCUUCAGAGCCACGAUUGAGGAGCUCCGCAAGACGAUUGAGGAGCUCCGCAAGACGAGCCAGAAGCCCGUCUCGCCCGAGGAUGGCGAGGAGGAGCUCCGCAAGACGAGCCAACAAACGACUCCUUGGGGCUCAGUGGACUCUUGGCCUCGUCGCCGUCUUUUUCGUCCUUGAGGGUGGGUGGUGUUGGCGACAUGUUGUUGCACCACGGGGCGAGGAGAUCAAGAAGAAGAUGGGCGCGUACAAGUACCUUGAGUGCUCGGCCAAGACCAACGAG